UGAGGGGCGGCGGCGCGGGGCUGGCCGAGCCCGCGGCGCCGGCAGCGGCAGAGCGGGACAGCCGCGCCCAGCCGCCCGUGGCUGGCCACGGCGGGGAGGCGAAGGUCGGGGCUGGCGAGGAGACGUGUUGGACGUGGGGCUAACGCCAUAGCACGUGUUUACACUAGGAAGAGGAAAUUGGGUUCCUAGCCAAACUCAACUGUGUUCAUGCAAACUUGAGUAGUGCAUCUGUAAGAAAAAUAUGGAUUUGGGAUCACAUUCCACUUUAAAUGAACACCUGCAAAAGACGGGAAUUCCAUCUGGAUCACAAGAUAAAGUUUCAGUUCUUGAUUCUGGACCAGAAAUGGCUGAACCUCAGUUAGCUGUGGAUCCUGUAGCAACAUCAAACUUGUCUGCUAAAGCACCUGAAUUUUAUCCACCAGGGUACAACCAGAACUUCAAUCAGAAUUUCACAGAUUCCUCCUUUGAUGAUAGAUGCGACGGCUAUCUGACUCUGGCAGAAUACGUACAAGACUUCCUAAACCACCUCACGGAGCAACCAGCUUGUUUUGAAACGGAAAUAGAACAGUUUGCUGAAACACUGAACGGUUGGGUUAUUGCAGAUGAAGCUUUACAAGAACUUGUUGAACUCAUCUACCAGCAGGCCACAUCUGUCCCAAAUUUUUCAUACAUGGGAGCACGGUUGUGUAACUAUCUAUCUCACCACCUAACCAUUAGUCCACAAAGUGGGAACUUUCGACAGUUGCUGCUUCAGAGGUGUCGAACGGAGUAUGAAAACAGAGAUGAAGCUACCAAAGGGGAUGAGACUACUAGAAAACAAUUUCAUGCCUUUGUGCUGUUCUUAGCUGAACUUUAUCUUAACUUAGAGAUUAAAGGAACAAAGGGACAGGUUACACGGGCAGAAAUUCUUCAAGAAGGCCUUCGGGAAUUACUGAAUGCACUCUUCUCUAAUCCUGUGGACAGUAAUUUGAUAUGUGCAGUGAAACUGCUGAAGUUGACAGGUUCCGUUUUAGAAGAUGCCUGGAAAGAAAAAGGAAAGAAUGAUAUGGAGGAAAUGAUUCAGAGAAUUGAAAAUGUUGUCUUGGAUGCAAACUGUAGCAGAGAUGUGAAACACAUGCUUCUGAAACUAGUAGAACUGCGAUCUAGUAACUGGGGUAGAGUUCAUGGAACAACUCCACAUGCAGAAGCUACCCCUGAAAAUGACCCAAACUAUUUUAUGAAUGAACCAACAUUUUACACUUCUGAUGGCGUUCCUUUCACUGCUGCAGACCCAGAUUAUCAAGAAAAAUACCAAGAGCUGCUUGAAAGAGAGGAUUUGUUUCCAUAUUAUGAAGAAAAUGGAGCAGAUCUGUCAGGACCUGGAGAGCUGUAUUUUGAUGAGAUUGAUGAUGAGAUGGAUCCAGAAAUUGAAGAAGCAUAUGAAAAAUUCUGUCUAGAAUCAGAACAUAACAGAAAACAGUGAGAUGUUAUGUAUUAAUGUUAGUUUAUUUAACCACUUUAGAUAUGGUUAGAGUGAAGGGGGACACAAAACAUUUGUACCAAAAUGAGAAACUUGAGUUUCUCCAAGUACUAAAGUUACACAAUUUCCAUUUUGUUUAACAGAAUCUGCCAAAAAAUGUAAACUUAUGCCCUGUAACUUAAAAUGUUGUGUAUAUAUCAUAGUUUAUUUUGUGAAAAAUGUUUUUUGAACAAUGUUUUGGCUGCAAUAAAAAUUAUUUAAAAGUUAUAAUUGAAAUUAAAAUUUAAUGGGGAACUGUCCCAUAAAACUUCCCUUGAGGAAGAAAGGGAAAGAAUAAUGAUCUGAAUUUGCUUGCUUGUUUGCUUUAGUAUAUAUUGGGAUUUACUCAUCCUAUUUACCAUAUACAAUAUGUCUUGCAUUUACUUCCUCCACUUCCCCCUCCAAGAAGAGUAUGAUCCAAAUAAGAAAGAAAUUUUUUUUCUGUAUAUCACAAUCAUGAAAAGUGGCUUGUGAAAGUUUUGUGUAUGAGUUUUUGUUUUGUUCAUUUCCUUUUUCUUCUUCUUUCAAAACACACAUGGGUGAGGUCUGAACUUUUCUUUUUUCCUGGAAUAAAUAUGUUACAUGUUGAUAUGUGAAAAAGCAAGCAGUAUUUUGGAAGUGAGGUGCUUUCAAGAUCUUUGGUUCAGAUAAGCUUAUUUUCAAAUUUACAAGAAAAGCUGUUCUGUAAUUUGUUGUGUUCUUCAAGGCAAUAUUAAUACAGUUAUGCUCUAAGCCAU